UACAUUUCAUUCGGGACACCGAAGGAAGACGGUGUCGUUCCAAAGAGGAGUUCAAUCUGGUGGAUUUUUUUUUCCUCCUGAGGAUUUUUUUUUUUAUUUUUAAUUUCUAUUUUUUUGCUUCAUUCUGGAUUUUACUUCUCAGCUUUUAACCUAAACCCACAAAAGGUUUAGUUUUACUUUUUUUAUUUUUUUUUUUAAUUUUGCGUUUUUAAUACCGAAGGCAAGGAUGGGAUCCCACUUGUCCAAAGGUGUUAUCGUCGAAGGAAAAGCCGUUGUCAAUGAACCAGCCGCCAAAGCCAAUGGCCAGGAGAAUGGACAUGUCAAGACCAACGGAGAUCUUUCUCCAAAGGAAGAGGGUGAGGCAACCCCAGUGAAUGGGAAUGGCUCUGCUGAUGCACCUAAAGAAACAGAAGCUGCAGCCAGUGAUGCCAUUGAACCAGCACCAGCAGCUGAAGAGGCAAAAGCAGAUGGAGAGGCAACAAAGGAGACACCCAAAAAGAAGAAGAAAAAGUUCUCUUUGAAGAAUUCUUUCAAGUUUAAGGGGUUGUCCCUUAAAAAAAAUAAGAAAGGUAGUGGUGAGAAUACCAAAGAAGCAGAGGCCAAGACUGAAGAAAAUGGCCCAACUGCUGAGGCUAGUAAUGCCUCAACAAGUGAGGCCAAGGAAAGUGUGCCUGCCUCUGAACCCAAAGCAGAAGAAACUGCGCCAGAUGCAGAGAAACAGGAAGAUGAAGCCACGCCGAAGGCUGAGGAGACCCCUGCCAAAGUAGAGCAGCAGGAGGCAGUUGAGAAUAAAGCGGAGGCUGUGCCAGAGGCUGCUUCUAAACCAGCAGAUACAGAAGAGUCCAGUUCAGCGACUGCCCCUUGUGAGCAAAAGGAAGAGUAGUGAAUUUCGUUAAUUUUGUGGACUGUUCUUGGCUAUUUUUUCCCCAAGAAACAAAGACUACUUGUGGCCACGUUCAUACAGAUUUCACUCCCAUCAAUCUAACCACAGACUCACUGCCUUUGGUCUCCUGUGUAUUUUUGUUUGAACUAUUCCUCCCAUUUUAUGCAGAUUCUGGUUUCAGGCAAAAAGCAGUUCUUGGGCAGUUUUCAUGUCUAUUGACAUUUGGGGAAUGGUAACAGUUGGCCUUCGAACGUUUGGAUUGUAUGCAGUACAUGGACUUUUCCUCUUCUAGACAGUUUGUCUCCUAUUUAAGACCCACAAUGAACUGCUAGAUAAAUCUCUUGGUGGCCAUCCAUCUCUUCACCUUACAGUUUUGGGGGAGUGUACCUGAUACUGCAAUUUUAAAUGGACUAGUCCACCUCAACACUGUUAAAAUGGAAAAUCCUUUCAGUUUAUAGAAUUUCUUCAUUCCUAACUUGUUUUACCCAUGUUUUUAAGUAUUUUGUGCUGUAUAGAAUCAACAAAUUAAUUUUAAGGUUUAUUUUUGUGCUUAUUUUGGCUAAAACACAAAGCUUUGACUCUACUGCAUUCACCUUUUAAUAAGUAAUGGGAGGGUUUGGUAUUCCGCACCCUGUCAGUCCUCUGCUUGUCUUUGUAAAUACAUUUCUGGCAUUUUAUUUCUUUGCUAACAUUUUUAAAAUGUUUAAUUGUAAUGUUAAGGGUUAAUAAAUGUUCCAUCCCUGAA